CACAGGUCCACCAACCUACUAUCCUUAACACUGAAGACUGAAGACCUCGGUUUUUGGUGUAUGCGUUACACUUGCAUGUUGCUUCUUGUUUUGUGCUUGUUGUGUAUAAUUCGUCAUAGUUGUUUACGACUUUGUAGCAUCAUAAUUUACUUUUAUAAAAAAUUGCAUUUAAGAUUCACAGUUUGGGGUGCUUUCAAAUGCUUUUCAGUCUUCAGUAACAAGGAUAGGAAGUCUAUCGACCUACAUUAAUCCUUGCAGUUUGUAACACUGUGGAGGCCCGAUCUCGUUUUGAAUAUAUCGACAGAAGGUGCUAAUAUUACGUGUUCUGGUAUGUAGUUCCAGUAAUUCACUACUCUGUGCGAUAAACAGAACUCCAGACGUAGACGAUUUGAUCUCGGUUUUUGAACUUUGUCCCCUCAAAUGAUCAGUCCUAGACAGAAGGAAAAGAUGAGACAUAUUAAUACAAAGGUCGUCGUUCAGCAUACGAUAAGCUAAUAUUAGAUCACCUAUUAUUCUACGGUAAGAUAAUGGAAAUAAGUUAAGUCGUCUCAAUCUGUCUUCAUAAGAUAGGUCAUAGUAGUACUAAACCAACCGAAAGACAUGACCAUCACAGCCAAAUUAAGUUGAUUCUUUUAAACAUAAUAUUUCCCAGUACUGACUUUCUCGAAAAGUGUGGUUUGCAAUUUUCUGCGUCUUGUAACCCUAGUAUAAUGUUAUUUGUUCCAUGACCAUGAGUUCAUUUAGUCCUAGGUUUUUCGUGCCAUUGCUACACACAAGCGGAACCCCCCCCCCCAAAUAGUGUUUUGAACAUCUAUGUCUACAGUUCUUUCAUGAUAUUGGUUCUUAAAUGGUUUAUCCUAGUUUAGCCGAAUAUGUCAUAAUACGUUGCUAAAUCUAUGGUUUCUUUUGCUUUAAUCAUUAGCUAUAAAAACAGGCGAUAACUAUUCAUCGUCAUUAGUAUAACUAAGUUUCGUGGUAGUGCUUUAUUCAAAUCUAUUUAGUUUGUUGAACUGCAUUUAAAGUUAAACACUUUCUGCUUAGGGCUCGAGAUAGUUGUAAUUAUUAGUUGACUUGACUUAAAAUCGGCUGAAGAGGUACAUAUACGUUUUUUUAUUGAUCUAAAAGUCAAGUCUAGUUUGUUUGUGUCUUCUUUUACUCGGUCCCAUUUAUUCUGUUUGACUGAUAAUUUCCGUUAACUGUUGUGAAUCGUAGCAGUAUGGAGAUUUGGAUUAGUUUUUGCAAUGUUUUUAACUGACUGACUGAAUAAAUGGUGAUGAGCUCAAAUAAUGGCGUAUUCAUGAUUACCAGUCCUUUCCAAACACUUGGACAGAAAUUAAACAGUAAAUGACGAGUAAUAAUAACAGAAGUACUUAUUCCAAAUGAAUAAGAUUUAUUAUUUCUUUUGAUCAACGUCAAAUAAAACUGUUGUAUGUGAAAAAAUACCCAUCGAUUGUCUGCUUUAUCCAUUGGUAGUGAUUUACUUGGUAGGGUUGAUCGCUUCACUUAUCAUGGAAGUCUCACAAACUUCAAUGGGUGGACGACCAGUAAACUCCGUCUGUUUUUUCUUUUUUGAAUUGUUACUUCAGCUAUAUACUUAUAUCUAGUUUAUCUCUCCUGAACAUCACCGUGGAUCUGAUGAAGCUACUUUAAACCUAAAUCAACUCACUUUGUCCAUUUCGGUUGUUAUUCACUUGUCUGCGACUCGUCAUGUGUUUAAAAGUACUGUCAAGAUAAUAGUUAUACUGUAGUAUAAUGAGGAAUCGUCUUUUUUUGUAGGACAGUCAUAUCACUUAUGUUGGUGUUAGAAUAAAAAAGAAACCAUUUUCACGGUCGUAAAGAAGGAUAGUAUUUAUUCUCUGAUAACCCUAGGAUAAUCUAAAUUUAUAAAUAUGUUAUGGGUAUAAACCGUCCUUGAAGACUUACAAAACAUUUUAAGUGUAAAUGACUUAAUGUAAUUUACCAGGAAUGUGUGAGUAAUUUAAUGUUACUACUUUCUUCGUAGGUACUCUUACCUACAAUGAAGUUUUACUUAUAUUUCAGCACAUGCUUUCUCAGACGAAUAAUUCCAUAUCAUACCCUACAACUACCAAUAACUCAAUCACAAUUCUUUAUGGUAGUCAAACGGGCAACGCUCAGUCGUUAGCUGAGUUGCUCGCUCUCCAAUCAUAUCGAAUUUUCGAUCAGGAAUGUGUCAAAUCUAAUUUAGAACGUCUCCCUAUUAUUCAUCUACUAUCAAUGGAUGACUACACACCUGUAUCACGACUUGCGAAGGAAAAAGGUGUGGUGAUAUUCGUUUGUUCCACUACAGGUCAUGGUGUUCCUCCAGAUAAUAUGUCACUAUUUUGGAAAAAAAUAAUGAAUCGAGCUUUGAUUCCAGGUCGUUCGCUCCCACCAGAUUUACAUUUUGCUGUCCUUGGACUUGGUGAUUCUUCUUAUCCUAUGUUCAACUUUGUCGCUAAGAAGCUUUAUCGUCGUUUGCUUCAACUUGGCGCCACUCCACUUUGCACAGAAAUUAGACGUGACCAAGAAUAUGAAGAAAGUGAAAAUUCAAGUCUUGGGUUAGCUGAUGAACAGUCCGAGUUAGGUAUAAAUGAGGUUUUGCGCUGUUGGAUUCCAGCUCUUUGGGACAGCGUUAUAAAGUUCUUUGGCGUUCCGACUUCAGAACGAUUAUCACAAUUUAUUAGUUGGGACAACUUGAAAAAUCCUGAUUUUGUGUUUAGUUUAUGGCCUAAAUACGAUGUCGUUUGUUCCAGCUUAGUGCACAAUCCCAGUUUACAAUCCACAAGUGAAAGUAAUUUGCUAUAUCAGCUUGUCAAGCAAGUCGAACUUGACAAUGCGCAUUCGUUCAUGUCUAAUCCAAUCCCAACUAAUGCUCAAUGGUUUCAGGUGGUACGUUGUAAACGUGUUACUAGUGCGGACCAUUUCCAGGAUACGCGACUAUUGGAAUUGUCUUAUAAAUCUGAUAUCGAUUUAAAAUCGGAUGAAUUUCGACUUGGUUCUGUGCUUUAUGUCCAGCCUACAAAUCGUAAAGAAGAUAUUUUAUCUUUUUUUCAAAUAACUCGUUUGAAUCCAACUGAACGUGUAAAAAUUACUCAAUGCCAUCCGAAUUUUCCUGUACCUCAUCUACUCAGUGCAUUGGAAGAAAAUUACUGCGAUGUGUCUAUCGCUUGGCUUGCUACAUAUUAUUUUGAUUUGAAUGCAACUCCACAACAAUGUUUCUUUGUUAAUUACUGUGCUUUUGCUGUCAAUUGUUUGAAACUUUCAAAAAGCCCGGAUAGAGCACAACACAUAGACAAAGAUCGUUUAAAAUUAGAAGUUGAUCGGUUAACUGAUCUAGCUUCAGCUGAAAAUUCCGAUGAUAUCGAUGAUUUAUAUGAUUAUGUUUUCCGUCCUUGUCGACGUGUAGUUGAAGUACUUGCAGAUUUCCCGGUUACAUCAAGUCUCUUAACAUCACAGUAUAUACUUGACAUACUUCCUGGGCCGAUUCUUGCGCGACCCUAUUCAGUGGCGUCUCCUCCACCGAAAAUUGAGUUACUUGUUGCUGUGGUAAAUUAUCGUACACGUUUAUCAACACCACGUAUUGGAACAGCUUCAAAUUACUUAGCUUCUCUUAACCCUGGAGAUUGUCUUAGUGGAUGGUUUGGUGCUAUAUCUGGUGGUUUCAACUUCGAUAGACUUUUGACACUUUCACCUCCUUCUUGUCUAUUGAUUGCUACCGGCACUGGUAUUGCACCGUUCCACAGCUUUUUGUUACAUCAAUAUAAUUCUCUUAUGUCUCAUUUGAAUCAUGAUAUGCUUCCAACAAACGUUCUCUUUUUCGGUUGCCGUUACUCCACAAAAGAUUAUUAUUUUGCUUCAGAUUUUAAAAUGUUAGAACAAAAGGGUUGGGUAAGGAUCAUCCCAGCAUUUUCCCGCGAAACUACAUCUACCGUGUCGCCGUCACGACGUCAGUAUGUACAAGACCAAUUGAAAAAUUAUCCAGAAAUAGUUUGGUCUAUACUGAAAUCUCCACAAAGCCAUGUAUUUAUUGUGGGCAAUCAAAAAACAAUGCCUGAUGAAGUACGUGAAGCGUUAGUGUAUGCCAUUGUCAAUGCGAAUCACACGGAUUCCAGUGGUGCUGAAAUAUUAUUAGAUCAAAUGGAAACAGAAAAUCGCAUACAGAUUGAAUCUUGGGCAUAACGAUGUCUGUAUGGAAAAGUGAUUGAUAGAUAUAUAUUCAAUGUAGUCUUGGUCAUGCAUUUAACUUUGUUUCAUAUGAAUAUUGUACAAAGUAAACUAUGUUUAUUGCGAACACUUUCGGUUUUGAUAUAUUGUGUGUUAGACUAUGGUUUUCAGUAUCUGGUGAAUGUGUCCUACUCAAUUAACUUCGAAAACUAGGUUCAGUGUGAUAUCAGUGUUUAAGUGUUAGCAGGAUAGAACCUUGAUCAGUGCAUUAUUGAAACAGGACUAAUUCUAAGCAUUCUGAUUGGUCUAUCUUUUAUAUCAGAUUUGUGUCGUUACGGGUGAAAGUAUUCCCGAAUUCAUGUCAAGAAAGUAAAAGGUCUCUGAUGCAAAACUAUCUUUCAAACCUCAUAUUUAUUCUCAAAAUAAUCGUAAUUCUAUCUUUUCACACAUAUACUUCAGUGAUUGAGUUUUCAGUCAAAUAUGUCAAUCCGUCGUAAAAAUUACGACCAUAUGAAUUCAAUUUUCAUAAGCCUCUUCAUUAAGUCAGCGUGUACUGGUAGGAUGACUUGAUCCUUUUUAACCUUUUAAACAACUAGAUUCGGACUGUGGAUUAUAUUACUCCGCUUUCUGCAAGAUAUGACGUUUCUGGAUUAAUUUUCUUAUAGACUCGAGAAUAUGACUUACUGAAGAUUUUCGAGAUAGGCUGAAACAGACGUCUAUCGAUUCCUUGUUUUCGGCGUUUCACUGUUCUACCAAGUCUACAAUAUCAUUUUAUUCCCAAUAGGUAUAAAAUUUAAGACAAAGCAACGGACCCCAUUAAUUUGGUAGUUUCAAUGUUCAUAAAUUAUGUAACUCCAAAUGCAUAUUGUAUUCAGAACUGUAUAUCUCAAAAUUGACUGAUUUCAACCAAUAAUUGGAUUUCUAGAUGAAAAAAUGUUAAUAGCAUUUGUACCUAUUGUGUAGAUGGGUUCACUUAAAUGCUUUAUCUUAGGAUUUCAAGAAUUUCUUACAACACCUAGUCGUUUAUGGAGAAUGCAUUAUCAUUUAACACAGCUCACAUCUAGUAAUGCACAAAAUACCAAAAUUCAUGAGCAUCAACGUGAACGACAAAAACGUUUACAAAUUCGAAUUCCAAGUUCAGAUAGAUUAACAAGUAUUGCAUCACAUAUUGAACUGCCUGGUUCAAAUGUUGAGAAGUUAGCCAAGUCCAAUGUUGAUUCACCUAUUUCACUUCCGAAUUUAUCUCCAUCUUCUUCAUCAUCAUCACCGUCGUCAUUGUCAACAACAUCAACAUCUCAAAUAAAACGUUCAUCAUCAGAUUCACAGGGUUUAUUGGAACCAUUGGCAAGAAUGUGGUUGAUAAAUGUAGGACUGAUAUUGGUGUUAGCCAUAAUCUCGUAUUUAUUUUCCCUAAUUCCACUAACCCCAUCACUUGGUAAGUAAUUAUGAUGUUUACUUCGAAAAUAAAAAAAAGAAUUAUGUAAUAUAACGUAGAGAAAUCGAAUACAGAUUUGUGGGCUUCAGUUUGAGUCUUAUACAAUAUGUAUGAGGUGAGAUUGUAUAUGCUGUCUGAUUGGCAUUCUCUCUGUACUAAUAUAUGUGAUGUAGCAACUUGAUCCGAUGCAUAUAUUUGUUGGGUUCUAUCGUUGCCUAUGGCUAACUGGUUGUCAGAUUGGCAAACAUUGAACUGAGUAGAACGGAGCUUAAACUGAAUACGGAAUGGUGAAAAUUUUCGAAUGUUUCAACCACUAAAUACGUUGCGUUUAUCUUCCUCUUACCGAUGAUUUUCACAAAAUAUGUUUUGUUAAAUAAGUCAAGUAAUGAAAUUAAAGUUAUUCUGUACGGUAAACGUUAUUUGUAUCUCUUUCCUUGGCUUUAUGUUGUGUCAAAUAGAUGCAAAUUUAAUGUGCAGUCUUAUUAUGACUGUCUUACUUUACACUUUUGUGUUUCUGAUUAAUUAGGUUAAUCGGUUUGAUGGAAAUGAUCCUUCUAAUUAUUCACUGAUAAAUGUGAUUUUGAACAUAGUGUAUAGUGUUUCAAGUUCUAUAUUUUUUCAUUCGAUGUUUCGGUAAUACGAAUACCUUUGUAGGAGAAUUACUUGGGGUUUGGUCUUGGUUCGAGUGACGUAAGAAUAUGUGUUUGAUGAUUAUUAGACCACACUCCGAAGAUAAUUAAAUCCUAAUGUGUUGUGUUGAAAAAAAAAGCCUCGUGUUUUAGAAGUGCUACCGGGAUCUGUCAAAAAACGCUUAUUUAUCUAUCACUUUUUAUCCUGGAAAUAUGUUCAAAUUCCUUCAACUCGAAAAAUUUUAUUCUUAACGAUUGAUGCUCAAGUUCAUACUAUGUAAAUGAUCAAUUCCAAACCGUUUUCGAUUAAAUCAUCACCAUCAGUACUGACAACAAAUAAACUCUUCUCCGUUAAAAUUUAUUCUCACAAUUGUUGAUAAUUAGGAUCCAGCAUAAAUCUUAAGUUAUGUUCAUUGAGCUUCGUCAUAGUUGUUUAGUACAUAACACAAUGCUUUAUAUACACUUAUUGUUUCUUUUUUCACAUAUCAUGAAAAUCACAUUACGGCAUGCAUGUUUUAUGCGACUAUUAUUUUGCACUUUUAUUUAUUUUUGACGAUAAAUUUCUGUGCUCUUUUAGAGUUGAGCAAAUAUGAAUCCUCGACUUCUAACCACUAAGUUACAGGUUCGAACCUUAUUCCACCAACUUAGAUUUACACAGCCGUGUAGUGUCGUUAGCCCAGACAAUUAGAGUGUGACUUAUACCCAGUGAAUGAGUUAAUGAAAAAUAAAUUUACUUUGAUUUGGGUUUGAGCGCUAACUUCUGUUAUAUACAAUACGUUAUUCAUAUGUAUCCACGCUUUGUUUUUUCGUGCUAUAUUUCUAAUUGGUUCUAGGAGACACAUAAUCAUUAGUCGAAGACACUAGUUCAUCCUAACUGAAAUCAGUGUGUAUGAAGUGGAUGCACCAAACGUCCAAUUUUUCGUAGGUGACAAACGUUAUGUGAUAUAACAUCAUUACAUCUAUUAUUAUCCCGGUUUUGUGGAAAUUUGAUUUCAUAGUUUACACCACAAACUGAUUUUAUUUAGACAAAUAUUGAAUACGGACUUAUUGGUCUUAAGACUAAGCUCUGGCUGCGAAACAUGAGGGUUCUGAGUUUGAUUUUUAAUUAGGUCGUAAAUGGGAGCAAAUGAACAAUCCCAACCGUUCAGUGCUUUCUAGUUCCAAUGACUGUUCAACUCAAGUCAACGCGCAGUGUUAAUCAUAAAGUUACUAAAUAUAUCUUGCUUUUUUGGAACCUGUUUUGAUCCCUUUUCGUAUUAUUAUUGUUACUAAUUCUCUUCUAUAUUUCCGUUAUUGUUUAUGCUCACUCUUUUUAAGCUAUGGUAUUUUGAAUGUUUAUGUCAUUGUUCGAUGUAUCAAGUUGUUUUUAUCUCUCUGUGGAGGUUGGCUGUUUCCAUAAAUUUAUAUCAAACACAAAUCUCAAUUUAGUAUUUUUCUGUCAAAGUUCAUAUAUCUGUAGGUGUGUGGAUAAAUCGGAGCAUGAUAAACCCAUUUUUAACCCACUUUUCUUAUUGUUCUUUGUCAAUUACUCUUGAAUUCACUAUUUUCUUCUCUCUCUGUCAGUAUCAUGGUUCGAGUCUUCACGUUUCUGUCACUUCGUCCAUCGAUUAUUCUCAUGCAGUGUACACAUAGCAUUGCUUUUAUUUAUGGAGUUAGUCAAUCUUUUGUACUUGAAAGUAAGUAUAGUUAAGUUUUAUCAUUCUCUUAUUCCGAAAAUGUAUCGUCAUAAUUGGAACCAUAGUAAAUUAACCAAAUUACAUUUUUGAGUUUAGUAUACCAAUCGGAUACAGAUUGAAUGUACGUUGAAGCAUUCCUAACUUCCCUUAUCAAUAUAUUGGGUACCACUAUGAAUCACUUUUUGUGCCUAUUGCUUAACUCGAAUAUGAUCUAAUCGUUAAUGAUGUGGGGUAAAUAUAGAUCCUACUUCGUAUAUGUUCUGUCGACAAAUCCCGUUAAUAACAACAUAAAUAUAAAAAGUCGAAUACGAGUGUUUCGGAUAUUUAUGUUUCAUAAAUUCAUUUCGGCAAACAGAAAAAUAGCUGAGAAGCAAAGAAAACAGAUAUACCUACUUAAAAUACUACUCAUUACAAACAUUAAUGUAACUCAAAGUAAAUAAUUCAUAGUGCGACAACUAGAUAAGCGUCAGACGCAUAAACACACACAAAGACAAAGAUAUUUGGCGGGGGGGGUACGUUUACCGAAGGUUACAACUUCCUAUGAAAAGAAAGUAAAAAUAGCUCAGUAGUCAUAUGCCAUCCGAGUUGUUAAAUUCUGUCCAGAAGUUAAAAUAAAUCACGUGUAAUAACACAGAAGCUGCUACAACCAGUUUCCCCUUGGAAUACAGGAAUUUAACGAAAACAUGACCGUGUUCAAAGGUAAAUUGCGCUUCAUUUUAAUGUAUGUGCUAGUGAUGUUGUUGAUAAUAAUAAUAAAGGCUUCAUGAUGCAACUAUCCAGCUCAAAAACCACAAAUCUUUUGAAAUUCUGAUCUUGGGAUACAAAUUUUUUAAAAUAAUUUUGACAUAAAAUUUCUUUUUAUUGUACACAGAAAAUAUGCGAUCGUAUAACCUUGUUAUCCAUGACUAAAGAAUAUCGGUAUAUUCAAAGAACUACUACACGAUGUUGUAUACUUUUUACUGGUUUGUCAAAAUUUUCUGCUAAUGAUCGUUCAAAUGUUUUCUUAAACUCUGCAAUCGGUGGUACAAUCAUGGAUCGUUUAUAUACACUAAUCUUUUUUAUGAUAUUUCAAUUACAAGUAGGUCGGAUAUUCCAGAUUUCAGUGUUUUUUUAUUAGUUCCUUUGUGUGUAUCUUUUUGAUGUCACUGUUUUUAUUGGCUGUUAACUCGUUAUUAAUAUGUGACUGAUGGCGUUAGUCUCUUCUGACUAAUGAUUACUAUAUACGGUAUUUUAGCUGAGUGGCUAAAAAUAGUACACUUCAUUAUAUCCUACGGAUUUCUGUUACCGGCUGUAGAACCUGAAAAGUAUGUAGCUAUGAUAAACUAAGAACCACUUGCAAAAUGCUAUGUGUGACCAGCCUCGAACAUUUGUCCUUUGGACGUUUUGGUCGAGAUCACUGUUAGUUCAGUUUAUCUUUCGAGUACCUAAAGAAAACGAAUCAUCAUUUCAUGGUGUUGGUGACCAGGAAGUAACAACUGACCACAUACCUCUUAAAGAAUUCGAAAUUAUCCUGUUCACGAUCAAAUUCUAGUUAAAUAGCUUGACUUCUAGUCAUUAAUAGGCAGAUUUGAAUUCAACUCAAUCUACUUCAAUAAAAGCAGCUGAGUGGUAUUCAUAUCGCUUAUGCAUACUCACACACAACUAGUGUAACUCAGAACCAGUUUCAUAAACCUGUAUCUGACUGAUUUCUCAGAUUAAAAUUAUUGAAGUGAAUACUAUACUAAUACACUGGACCAUUAAAAAGUCACCAAAUGAAAAGUCCACAUUGUGCCGAUCAAAAACCUAAUAUAACAAGUCCAAGAAAUGGUUCUAUUUUCUAAUGAGUAGAUACAUAUUUAUAAAUGAUUACUUUUGCAUGUGAUUUAGCCCAAUAAAUUUCCUCUUUCAUUCUCCAUCUUCUCACUCAGUAGCCGGUUGGAAGGUUGGGGAUAGAGUUUGUGUAUCAGUAUCAGUCUCGGACACCGUGGGUCAUAAUAAAUAUUUUUUUGUUUUUAAAGAGGAUUGUUAGACUAAUGCUCGAUUUAUUGCGAGAAUUCUUGUGUUGAGUUUGGAAAACUGAUCAAUAAUAGUUAUGCAAAUUAAAUAUGGGCAUGUAACCGUCUAAAAUCUCCGCAAAAUCGCAUCACUAAUGACUAGUUUUUGGAUUUGCGACUAAAGAACCUUAUGAAAAUCUGUUGAAGAGCAUAUUUUUUGUCCACAUACCUUUAUUUCAACUCAGUAUUAGUUAACUGAUAUUUUACAUGCUGCGGUAUUUGAAUGUCCUCAGUUCAAUCACAUGUAAUGAUGGAUACAUAUUGCAGAAAAAUCCAGAAUCCAAAUGAAAAAGACAUUCAGUACUCAUUUCUUUUUUCAGUUAUCCUCUAUCUUGUGUCACUUCUCGAUGAAAAUUGUUUCUAAGGUCCUAACACAAUCACCUCAAUAAAUAUGCCAAUACAAAAUUUUAUAUAGAGAUUACGGUUUCUGUGUUUACAGUGCGUUUAUGUAAGUGUACCUUGUAUUUCGUUAUCUUCUAUGAAAUGUGAAACGGUCGGAAAAUGCGAUAUUUUCCAACAUUUCCAUCAUUUAGAAAUAGUUUGACUCAAACUCACAUUGUUAAUGGCUGACUCACAAAAACACUUCAAGAUUUUUUCUGUUAAUACCAGUAUCGUCUGUCGAAGGCACUCGUGGAUAAAAUACAGUUGUUCUCGACUAGAAGCCUGUUAGUCUGUUAGAGCUGCGAAGUUGGUUUGCUAAACUUUCCUUAUUUUCUCAAUUAUUGGAAUCUAGGUUAAUGAAUAGUUAGAUGGUGGAGUAGGGCGGGGUAGGGAGGCAGUAGAUAACAUCUGCGUUGUGGAUGUUCUGUCCUAAUAAAUCCAGUUCUUCUAACUACAUAACGGAGUUUAUGCGCAACGAUGAUAUAAGAUUGUAUAGUUUUAAUACUACAAUUAUUAACAUUAUUGCACCAAAAUUUAACUUGUCAAUCUUGCUGAUAAAAUUCAUCAUAUUCAAUGUGAUAAUUUUGAAUACGAUUAAGAUAUCUCAUUUUUCCAGUCAGUCACAACACAAAACCGGGUGCGUGCGUAUAUUGGUUCAAGUUGCUAUACCCCAUUAGCACAGAGACGAAAUCGGUGGUAACAGUAUUAGUGGAAUAAAAAAGAAAUUUUGAGGGAUUAUGAAGGUUAGAAUUUGGGGGAAAACAAACAAUGGAUUCACCUGCUCCAUUGCAAGCGAAUUUGAGAGUUGUUGAUCCCAUAUUCAACUGCUUAUAUCGCCUCCAAAUUUUCCACUCUUGAACAUCGAUUUCUAACUGUAUUAUUAAUUUGUUUUUGUGAUUGUCGUUGAUUUGUUUUUACGUUUUCUAGUGGAGUUUAUUGGCUACAUUGUCAGCAAAUUACUGGAUUGGUCACGUGAUCAACGCUUUCUCUGUUGCUUUCUUGUAUGCAUGUUAUGCAUUUGAAUAUCGUUGGCGACAAGUUGCCGGUAAUUUAAACGUUUUAGUUUUCUUGAGGUUGUUAUCUUCGUACAUACGAACUGUUAUGAAUUGACUGAUCUAUCAAGACCUUGUUUCUGCCUCUGUCCUCAGCUAUUUUCCAGCUUAUAUUGCUAUAUGAUACGCUGGCUGACAUCGUCAUUGUAAGUUGGAUAAAAAGUUUAUCGAGUAAGAGGUUGUUGGCUUGAGUCAUGUUGGUAGGUGUAGACUUCCUGAUUUUGGGCCUAAUCAGCAGUCAGAAAGGUUAUGUGAUGGCAUGACGCAAAACUGGUCUCAAUUGUACAGUUUCAUUUAUUCUCCAUCUUCAUAUUUUAAGUGUAAUGUCAUUCCACACUCUUCACUGUUUGAUCUGAUUUGUUCCUUUUAAACUAUCUCAUGGUCAACUAGGUUUUUUGAUGCAUUUUUAGUUGGGUCACGUGAUUAAGUUGUGCUGUUUAGUUUGUAAAAAGCGUUGGUAGUGUGUAGUUUGCUUCAAAAUUAAUUUGAAGCUACUUUUUUUAAACUUAUGGUUAUAGUUGUGAAUUUAGAUCGGUGGCUCUGUGGUUAGGGUUUUUAACUUUUAGUCCUAUAUCCAUGGUUCGAACCCUAUUCCAGCUACUCCAGUCUGAACAAUCUGAUAGUAUCACUAUCCUUCACACGAAAAGUACGACUUUUGACCAACCACACAGGUCUGUAGUUGGUAAGUGGGAUAAUACUAUCUUAUUGUAGUCAAAAUUAGUUUCUCUACUUUAGUACUCAUCUUGUUACUCUCUCUCCUCUUGUUGUAAUGAUGUGAAGUGUACUAGUGUGGACUGAUGCAUUCUCCUGUCUUUAUUCUACAUUGAGGAUGACUUACGCGGUAAGUAACAUUGUAUAACACAUUAUUACAGAGAUAAAAUUAUAUGUAUUGAAAGAAGAAAUUGUCAUUGAAUAAUACCUUUUGUAUGUUAAUUUUUUAAUCGGUCUUCAUUAUUUCUUGUUCUAAACCUUCAUUAGGCACUACCUUUGAAGGAUUUUUAGGAAGAAUUGUUGAUAAUUGGACGUAUUUCCUCGGAUACGGUCUACCACUUGGUUGUGCAUCUAUUGUAUUCCCACAUUUUAUUGGUUGGGGUGGUGUAAUUCUUGCAAUAGGUUAUCCAGUUCUUGUAAUUGGUGCAUUAGGUAGUCGUUGGCGUCCAUUUGAUGUGAAUAUUAAUGUGAAAGAUGAAUGGAAAUUAUUUCAUUUAUUACGUUAUUGUUUAAUUAUUUCACUUCGACCAGCAUUAUGGGUUUCUAAUUUAGUUGUACAAACGACUGCAUGGUUUGUUUAUCAAUUUUGGUUUCGACAAAAUUAUCCAAUUACCAAUGAUGGAAGUCGUCAAUUUUGAAUAUUUAUUAGUAUAUUCAUUGGAUUGUUAACUUCAAUUUAUUUCUAGAGGUUAGAUUUUCGGUUGAAGAAUCAUAAAAAAAAAGUUACAUCACAUUUUCGAUGCAUAAUAAUAUAUACUUUCAAUGACAUGAUCGUUAUGCAAAGAUGUUUCAAUGUUCAUUAAUUAAUUACUAUGUUUAAUGAACACUUUUAAUUUGAAGCUUGUAACAAUUACAAAUUGUAAUCAUUAAAACACCAUUCAUUAUUUUCUAAUUCUAUUUUGGAUUUUAUUUUGUUCUCAGAUAUAAUAAUGAGUUAAAUGAAUAUAAUUUUAUUGUUUUGUCACUUUGUCACCACACUGUCUUGUAUGUUUAUUCACAGUUGAAUUUCUAACUCACUUUGGUGCCAAAGCAUUUUACUCUUCAUUUCGUUCUUUUUUUUUUUUUAAAAAAAGAAGUUUUAUUACACGGAUCUACAUAGGUUUAUAAUCCUUUUUUUUCAAUUGUUAAUAGCUGAGUAUUAGUAUUGUAACAGUAGUAGUAGUAGUAGUGCUUACAUAAAGACAGAGAAAGUAAAUGAUUAACUCAUUUACCAGGUAUACGAUUUCGUAUAUUUGAUUUCGAAAGGCUCUAUAAUUGUAAGAGCUAGUGAUAUACUACUACUCAACUGUUUAAAUCGAAGUGUAAGUGAAAUGGGAUUUAAACCCCGUGACCUAGGUAUUGAAAAUUUAACACCUUAACCUACUGUAACUAUCACUCCAUGUAAGACAUCCCUAAGAAAAAAAAACUGAACUUCUUGACUGUACUUGUUAAUAUCAGAGAGUGUAAUCAUCAAUAAUGUUUAGUUAGUUAUAUUUUCUAUUUGAACAUUUUCAUUUGUUUAAUUGCUUAUUAUUUUUUAGUUUAAUUUUUUGCUUUAAUUAUUUUUCUUUUGUUUGUUACAAAUUUACAUCAUUUCUUAGUGUGUAUGAUUUAUCCAUCAUACAGGAAUACAACAAGAAGGAUAGUAGUAAAUCAUUUUCCCCUUAAAAUAAUCGUCAAUUCUACUCAUUGUAGUCUAAUAUAUAAAUAUCAUGUAUAUUGAUGGAAGAAUUAUACUCAUUUGUAUGUGUUUGUGCUUUGUUUUGUUCUGUUGUCAAGGGGAUUCUAUCCUAUAUCGUUGAAAUCAUGUGUAAAUCAUAAUGAGUUGAGCAUUAUAUUUGUAUACUGAAAAAAAUGUAUAUUUGUUGUCUUUCGUGUACGUUAGUUUUAUAUUUCCACCUAAUAAUUAAAAAAUAAAUUCAUUAAGCCGUAUAUAUGUGUUCUUUAGUUUUUAUCUUCAUCAUAUAUAUGAAUCCAGAGGAUGGUUACUUUUUUUCUCUGAUUGAGAUCAUAAACCGAUUGGUGUUUGACCACCAUUGUAAACCUGGAAGCACUGGAUGGCCGUUUCAUCCUAUUGUGAG